CGGCGAGCUCAGUCUAGCCGCAAAAGUCCAGCAAGUCAGUCCCAAGGAGGAGGAGAGAGGCAGAGAGAGCGCGGUUUCUCCAAUAACCGAUUUUCGAUUGAUUUUUUGAUUUUUUUGAUUUUUAAAUUCAAACUCAAAACUAGUCACAAAAGCAAAACAAAAUCAAGUAAAAUCGAACUAAAUAAUAAAAAAAAAAACUAUCCAAGAUGUCGCAGCCACUCAAGUUUUACUUUGAUUUCCUCAAUCAAUCGAGCCGGGCCCUGUAUAUCCUGCUGGAGGCCUCCAAGAUACCCUUCGAGGCCAUACCCAUCUCGAUGCUCAAAGGCGAACACUUGACCGGUGAGUUCCGUGAUAAUGUUAACCGGUUCCGCAAGCUGCCGGCCAUCACGGAUCAUGGCUAUCAGCUGUCAGAGAAUGUGGCCAUCUUCCGGCAUUUGGCACGCGAGAAGCUAGUGCCAGAGCACUGGUAUCCCCGUCGCCAACUGGGACGCAGCCGGAUCGAUGAGUACUUGGCCUGGCAGCAGACCAAUAUGGGUGUGGCCACCACGGAGUAUUUCCAGCAAAAGUGGCUGGUGCCCUACCUGCAGAAGACGCGACCAGCGGAUAAUGCGGUGAAUCUCGCUAGCAAACAGCUGGAGCACACACUCAAUGAUUUCGAGCAGCUGUUCCUCAACUCCCGAAAGUUCAUGCUGGGCGACAAUAUCUCCUAUGCGGAUCUCAGUGCCAUUUGCGAAAUAGAUCAGCCCAAAUCCAUUGGCUACAACACCUUCCAGAAUCGCAAUAAGCUGGCCCGCUGGUACGAGACGGUCCGCGAGGAGCUGGGUCCCCACUACAAGGAGGUGCUCGAUGAGUUCGAGACCAAGCUCAAGGGCAGCGGCAGUGGGCAGCAGGGCGUGGCCCAGGCGGUCAAGCAAUAGCCAAGGGCUCCCCAAUCCCUGGGCCCCGUCCACAAAUCUUAUCGAUCGAUUACCAGUCCUGUUUUUUUUUUUGUUUGUCCUCUUAUAACUCUAAUAUAUUUUAUAUAUCUAAUAUAAACUCUUUGUAAUUAUAAUUGUUUUUUCAAUUAGUUUUAACCUUCUGCUAACCCUUCUGAACCAUCUUUCCUAUCUAUCUUAUCUCUUUUUUUAUUAUUUUGUGUAGCUUUUAACUAUGAUUAUUUAUCAAAUUAUUUGUGAAAUUGCUUAUUUUCCCUUCUUCUAAUAUAUAUUAGUACUUAUGCAUUCUAGUACUUAGUUGUUAAUUAUAUGUAUCUCUUAAUUAAACGUAUAUAAAGUGAUGAUUGUUAAAGAAA